AUGUCAAGGUCGUCAAAGAGUAGACGUUCAGGGGGGUCCUCUGUGUCGUCUAGGGUGAAGACAGCGGCUCGUUCAGCAGAAUUAGCAAGGUUGAAACUAGAGCAGGCUGAGAGAAGAGCAAAAGCAAAGGAAAAACAAAUGCAAGAACAGAUAGAAUGUGAGUUACAAGAUUUGCGGGACCAAGCGGAGUACUCUCAGUUAGAAGCCGAACUUUUGGCAGCCGAUGAGGCAGACGAAAGAUAUAGUGACUGCGGAAGCAUGCGUAGUUUAUCAAAGGCUGUAGCUGGUAACAGGGUUAAUAUGAAGGUAGAAGUAAAAAAUUCGACACCACAGGACAGAGCUUUCUACAAGACAGAUCACCCCUCAACUCGGCCUGAGUUAGUCAAAUCGCCACCCGAAUCAGUGGUCGAUAGCAAGCAAGGGAUUGCGUCCCUUUCUGAGAAAUGCAAUGACACGGAGCCAUCUUCACCCGAGUUUAAACCAAGCGUUGACAAAACUAAACCUGAUUUAACAACUACAUUACUCGAAAUGAAUCUGCAAUUGGUUAGUGCCAUGAAGCAGGGAACCGAAACAACCACCGUUAUGAAAGCCAUGUUACAGCGGCAAGGGAUUCCGAAACCCCAGCCAAUGAAAUUUAGAGGUGACCCUGCUCAGUUUCCUGUUUUUAAGAAGCGGGUGGAGGUUUGGUUAAACGAAAGAGAGUUUGAUGAAAGAGAAAAAAUAACUCGUCUUCUCAGUUUCGUGGAAGGUGAUGCUAGAGACGCAAUUGAACAUUGUGAACUGAAAUCAAACGGUUUUAGUCAAGCCAUGAAAAUAUUAGAGUCUCAGUAUGGUCAUCCUUCUAGCGUAGUCAAAGCAUCCCUAAAACGAGUCACGGUGGGUCCUCGCAUUGAAAGGGGAGACAACAACUCUCUCGCUAGGCUCAGAAAUAAUUUACGUUCCUGUUUAGAAGUCUUAAAGGACAAUGAGAAUUACAAACACGAAAUUAAUGCAUCAUCUAACGUUGAAAGAGUUGUUGAUCGUUUGCCAAUGCACAUGCAGAUAGAGUGGGUAAAGAAACUUCCGAAAAUUCGUGAUGAGACCAAAUUGAACCCCACAUUACAGCAUGUUCUAGAGCUAGUAGAAAAACAACUCAGAAUCAUGAACGAUCCCCAAUAUGGACACAUUUUGACUACAAAGAGGAAACCAAUUGACCCCAAGAACAGGCUACCGAAACCAUCACCUAAACCACCACUUCAGAAUCAGAUCUCGACGUUGACAACAAACCUCGAAAACUCCGGCCUUUGUCCGUGUUGCAAGGGUAAACACUCACUCACAAACUGCGACUCCUUUGUUAAGAAAACACCUGAAGAGCGAUGGGAAAUCAUAAAGAAUUUAAAACUUUGCCAUUUAUGCCUAGCGUCGGGACACAUGAAGGCCCAGUGUAUAUCAACCACCAUUUGUAAAUGUAAAGCUACCUACAAGCAUCACCCACUCCUUCAUGGAAGAAUUUCGCCACCAAAGGAUAACCCUAAAUUUCAGUCUAAUGAUCGUGAAUCCUCCAAUACCACUCAAAGACAAAGAGAAACCAGAAAGGGCAGCUGGAUCUGA